AUGCUGCUGGUGUCCAUUGCCUUGAGCUUGGUGGCCAAUUGGGUGGCCUCUGAGAACAUCACCGGCCUCACUGGAGAGGUGGCAUGCGGCCAUGCCUUUCCUGCGAUCCUCCUCGAUCCUUUGGGCGCUUCUGUUUGCUUGAUGGUCUUAGGGAUCUUGUUGAGUCCUUUCGUGGGCACAUUUGAGACGAUGUCUGAUGUGAUGAUCCAUCGCUUCGGACCUGUUGUGGGCGGCCUGGCUUCAGCUUUAUCGCUGACUGGCUCCAUGCUGUGGGCAGGAGCCCAGUACAAAGCAAUUCUGAGCCUCGCUGCCAGUCUCAACCUCUUUCCGAGUGAAUUUCUGGAAGCCUCAGUUGCACUUGGGCUUUUGCUUUGGUUUGUGGCUGGUGGACUCAUGGCGGACAUUUGGCUGGACGCGCUGUCCAUGUUGAUCGUAGCUCCCACGAUGAUCCUGUUGGCAUACGUGGCCGUGAAUGAAACUCCACAUGCUGCUUGGGAAGCCGAACAGGUCCACGUCUGGUCUGUUGCGCCAUCACUGGCGGCCAACAAGUUUGCGGUGGGCCUUUUUGGGAAUCUCUUCACUGAAGAGCUCGCAGGUCGCAUACUUUCUGCUCGAUCUCCUGGACAGGCGAAGGUCGCUUGCAUCAUCGCAGCCUUGCUCUUUGGAAGCAUCGGCUUGUCACCUGCAGUGCUUGGGAUUUGGGCAAAGUCCAUGCUGAAGCACGCUGAGAUGGAUCUGUGUGAAUCACAAGAUGAGAUCAUCGGGAUGACAGUGAAGCAGUUGCUGCCUGGUCAAUUCCAUGGCCGAGAUCAUCUUUUGGUUGCAAUUCUGAUCUUGGAAUCCUUGAAUACUGUCGACACAAGCAUCCUCAUGUGUGCAAAGGUCAUGACGAAUCAAGCACAGCGAUUCCGCUUCACGCUGCAAAUUCCAGGGGCAGAUACUGCAUCGAUUGUACUGGCCCUUGGUUUCUUGGAUUGA